AUGUACGGAGACGGAGAGGGCGCGAUGUGGGACCGGGUCGGGCGGCCCCGGCGGGACUGUAUGUGCUACCUUGGACCCCCGACUAGUCUGAUGCCAAACGGGAUGCGCAAGUCCCCCGACGUGAGCCCCAGGAGGCUGUCGGACAUCAGCCCUCAACUCAGACAGCUGAAAUACCUGGUGGUGGACGAGUCCAUCAAGGAGGACCUGAAGUCGUCCCGUUCGGUUGAGGACAUCAACAGCGCGUCCAUAGAGGAGCGGAUACUGCGAAUCACCGGUUAUUACGGGUACCAGCCCUGGAACGCAGUCUACAACAGUAAUGAGAGGGGGAGUGUGUGUGUACCCCAACACUCUGUAGGGAGCCCGCACGUCCUCGAGAGACCUCCCGGAGAAGACAGCACCAGGGAGAAUGUGGUGGGCACGGCAGAUGGACAGACAGACGCGAGCGUGGCCGGGACAGAGUCCGGGCCCGGCAGGCGGAGGCUGCACUGCUGCAUCCGACUUACCACCGUGCAUGUGCGGAAGGCCCUGUGGGGCGUGGCGAUGGUGAUGUGUGUGUGCUCGUCCUGGGCAGGCUCCACCCAGCUGGCCAAACUCACCUUUAAGCAGUUUGAUGCGCCCUUUACCCUUACCUGGUUCGCUACCACCUGGAACUGCCUCUUCUUCCCCCUUUACUACAUUGGCCACCUGUGCAAGAGCCCAGAGAGACAAACCCCCAGGCAGAGAUUCAGGGAGUGCUGCCGGUUCUUCGGGGACGACGGGCUGACGCCCAAGGUCUUCUUCACCAAGAUCGCCCCCUUUGGCCUGCUGUGGAUCCUCACCAACUACCUGUACCUGCAGGCCCUCAGGAAGAUCAACACAACAGACGUGUCGGCGCUCUUCUGUUGUAACAAGGCCUUCGUCUUCCUGCUCUCGUGGAUCGUUCUCAGAGACCGCUUCAUGGGGGUCAGGAUAGUGGCAGCUAUCUUGGCCAUAGCGGGCAUUGUGAUGAUGACCUAUGCUGAUGGAUUCCACAGCCACUCCGUCAUCGGCAUCACUUUGGUCGUCGCCUCCGCUUCGAUGUCAGCGCUCUACAAGGUGCUGUUCAAGAUGGUCCUGGGCAGUGCCAAAUUUGGAGAGGCUGCACUCUUUCUGACCGUUGUCGGGAGUGCCAACUUUGUCUUAAUCAGCUUUGUGCCAGUCAUCCUGUAUUUCACACACGUGGAAUACAUCGGCUCCCUGGAGGACGUACCCUGGGCCUACCUCUGCGGGGUUGCAGGCCUGCUUCUUGCUUUCAACGUCCUGGUGAACUUUGGCAUUGCAAUCACCUACCCCACACUAAUCUCCCUGGGCAUCGUCCUGAGUGUCCCUGUUAAUGCCAUGGUGGACCUGUACACCUGUGAGAUCAACUUCAACACGGUGCGCCUCAUCGCCGUGUUCAUCAUAUGCCUGGGCUUCCUCAUGUUGCUGCUCCCGGAAGACUGGGACCAGUGUAUCAUCCAGCUCAGCACCAAGCUUCGGAAGCGGGACGACCCAGCAGAGGACAACGGGGAGCCGGGAGCCACCACGGGACUCAACUGGAGCCGGAGAGCCCGCACCUCCAUGUCCACCUUUGCACACUGACUUCGUGAAACCUGCACACGCAAAGCUGAUGUCCACGCCCGCACACUUAACCACCGCUUUGAGUACCGCGGCCUGCAUGGCCGCCC